CAAGUAUUACUUUAUGCCUUGUGCUCUGAAACCAGCAGAUGUAGAAAGAGAGGAGAGAGAUGGGUCAGUUAGUCCAGCUCCUUUAUUGAUAUGUUUUGAGUGUGGGUAUACUCCUGUUGGUGUAUUCUGUUGUCUAGUAGUGUAUCUUCUUGAUCAGAAGACAGACCGAGCAUUGGAAUGGAAGUUAACUGGCAAUGAUCAAUAUCGUAACAGGAUUACCUUUCAAGUUGGGCAAUACUAUGAUACUGUUACCUUAAUCAGUCGUGCUACUUACCUUGAAGUUUGGGUUCAGCAAAUGAAAGGCUCAGAGCUAUCAACAAGUGAUUUAUUAUCAUCAUUGCACAAAGGACUAGUCACAGUAACACAAUCACUCCAUUACACUUAUAAGUCAAAGCAUAUGUUUGGAAUAUCAUGUACAUGCACUGCAGUGCCUCAUCCUGCUGUGAUUGGCCUUAAUAAAAAAGCAACUAUGUGUUUGAAUGGCAGAAUAGUGGAGUUUAAUGAGAAGCAAUUAUACUGGUCCAGUAAGGUUGUUCAGCUGAAUAACGCAACACAAAAUGCAAGCAGUGAAAUACCAUCUCAAGCUGAAUCUCACAUUCCUAAAAGUUCUUUAUCCCAUGGCACAGCUCCAGUAGAUAUAGAAGUUUGUCCUAGAGACUUGUUUCUUCAUCACUCAGCUGAUAUUACCCAGUGCAUCUCAUUUGAUGUAACGGAUGACGAUACACAAUCUUCAAGCAAUACUAGUAAUGUAUUGGGACUUAAAAGACACAGUGAAGAUGAAGCCUCUGAAUCUGCUUUAACAAAUAUAAAACAAAGACUUUUGUCUGAUGAUGUUGAUGAUCCUCCCUCUCCUCUUAAUAAAGGAUAUGGUAAAAAAUCAACUGAAAAUAAACCACACAGAAUAAAAACUGGACAGCCCUCUGAUGAGCUUGGAAAAAGGAAACAAAAUGAAGAUCAUGAUGGUUCAUCAAGAAGUAAAAGGUUUAAAGUGUCUGGUAAUAAUGACACUACUGCAGAAACAACUAUUAAAUGGGAAAGCUCAUUGUCUCAUAAUGCAGAUCUCCUGUUGGAAAUAAAGCCUCAAAAGAGUGAUCUUCUCAGGCUAUUUCAAUCUUCUGAUGCUCAUUAUAUGAUUAUUGGGACUGCAUUAAAUGUUAAAGUGGAUGACCUAUUACCCAAUCCACAGUCAACUACUAGUAAUCUCAUUCAAGUAUUCCAGAGAUGGAUAGACUCCGAUGACGAUGUGACCUGGAGAAAUAUUCUGCAAGUUUGUGGAGAUUAUCCUGAUAAAUUUGGAAAAGCAAAAUCUGAUGUGCAACAAUUUCUUUCAUCAGAUAGAGCUCGUAUAAAAUAUCUUAAAUAAGCUUUUAUAAAAGACCCAGUACAAGGUUCAUACACUAUCAGUUAUGAUCCUCCUUCCUGUAGAGACUGAUCAACAAAUAAACCUGGUUCUAAGAAAUUAUGUAACUACAUACAUUUAAAUUAGCUUUACUUUCAUAAGUUUCAUUUAUAGGCAGUAAAAGAUAAUUUUUACAAAAGAUUUUUUAUCGUGCUUGAUCACUUAUUUCUUUACACACUAUCACUUAACAUUACACUUCUGUCACUUAACAUUUUUUGUUUAUAAAUCAUAAAACCAUACAAUUUUAACAUUAAAAAUAUUAACUAGAAAUUAUUACAAUCAUAAUUGUCAUUUCACAAAUCAUUUCUUCAAGGAGGAACAAUCUAAAACAAAAAGAAGAUAAAUACAUUAUGUCCUCUUGACCAUCUCACCCUCUCUCUCUCUUCUCA